AAGCUGAUCACAGUGCGACGGCGUCGGCGACGGCACAACAUCAGUGAUCGCUGGCGUGAACAUGGCGGAGACGGUACGCUCGCUGUUCGACUACCGGGACCCACACAGGCUGGACAGCGACGGAGAAGGCGUCAAACCGGCACCGCAGCUGCGGGGCCGCGGUUGUGGAAGGAAAAGGAAAGGGACACCUGUGAAAGUCUUUGUUACACACACGGAGGAGGAGAGCGUGCCUGAACACAGCAUCAGCCCAGGUUAUCGUAAGGAAGCAGCAGAGAAUAGGAAGGCCACACUGGAUGCACCUCCCUCCAACACAGAGCUGCACAAGUGUAAUCCAUCGGAGCAGUCUCGUGACAGAGACUCCACCAAAUCCAAGAUCAGCUCCUGUUCAGCCUCCACACCAGCUCCAGCUGCUUCCUCAGCCUCAGCCUCAACCCCCAACACCACUCCGGCCCCAGCCACGGCGACUUCGGCUCGAUCUCUGACUCCUGCCUCCACUGCUCCAGUGGCCCCGGCAGCUUCCACUCCGGCCCCAGCGGCCAGCUCCUUCCCUCCCUCCCCGAACUGCCGCAUUCGAGAAGUUCACUGUGGCAGCCAGGUGCGGUUGGUCGUUAUCGCCAUCCGAGACAUCACCAAGGGGGAGGAGAUCACCGUGGAUUACAGUCUGACUGAGUGGGGAGAGAACCUGGGUUUCCGUGGGACGGUGUCUCCGGCCCGGCAUGAGUGUAACUCUGACAAUGAGAAUAAUAACAAUAUCAAAAAGGAGGAUGAGCCGCUCUCUUUGACAGCCCAUCAGCAGAGGCCACAACAGCAUCAGCAGCAGCAGCAGCAGGAUUAUGUCACCCCCUCUUGGUCCCUGUCCCCCUCCUCCUCCCCCAUCUCCCACUCUGAUGCCAGUGACUCAGAUGUUGGGGAUGACGACAACUCCACACCCCGUGGGCGUGCACUACGCCGGCGAAAGAAACGGCGUGGCACCCCUUCAAAGAAAAAGACCACCCAUCGGAUCCCGCCUGGGCGGCCAACAGCAGUCUCCCCCACGAGCAUUCCGCAUCAAAAUCGUCCACUCCCUUCAUCCCACCCUCAAGCACAGUCCUCCACACCCUGCUCGUCUUCCUUUUCUCCAACUAAGCCUGUGUUCAAAGCUCCAGCUCCACUGAGCUCCAGCAGUACAAACACCGUCAACACAAGUGUCCCCAGAGGAGGCGUAUCCAUAGACUCCAUGCGCCAAACCUGCGAAUAUUGUGGACGCCAUUUCCGCUCCUUGGGUCGUCACUUGGACAAACACCAUGCCCACCAACCGGAAGUAUGCUCUGCCCUCGUCGAGCGAUAUACACAGAAGCCCCGCCUACAAACACAGAAUACAAACAAUGCCACAAGUCACUCACACGCUCAGCAGCACUCAAAGUCUUCACAGGUUGUAGGACAGAGCCGAUGUGCAGAUCUUCCGCAGUGUGGCAUUCAGGACUUCUCCAUGUCUCCACCCACUCUUACAGCAGCCAACCAAUCCCCUACCUCCUCUGGAAGGAACGCCACCCCACCCAUGCAGACUCCUCCUCGUGGACAGAACGCGGUGCCAGUGUCAGUUUUAAAAAGGAGCCCGCCCCCCGUGACUGUGACGCAGUCUAGGAAAGGAGCAGUGAGCAGGGUUAAGAAGGACAGAGAGGAGGAGGAGGAGCAGGGGGAUGAUGAUGAAGAUGUGGAGGUUGUUGAGGUAAAGAGGCCCAAAGAUGAGGACGAUGUGGAGAUGACGUGUCCCCAGUCCUAUGGCGGCAAAUCGGCCAAAGAUAUUGAGCCAACAAAAGAGGAGGAAUUUGAGGAGGAAUUUGAAGAGGAGGAAUUUGAGGAGGAUGAAGAAAAUGGAGUGAUGGAGGUGGAAGAUGACAGUGGAACAGAGGAUAAGGACAAGGACUUGCUUAGUAGUUCGGGGCGUCACCAAAUGCUGCCCCUCCUCUCGUCCCUGUCCUCUCUGGUCCUGUACCUUCGUCGUCUGCAGCACUCUGCUUUCUUGUCCCUGUCUCGGCAGCUGCAAUCAUCUGAGGCGUGGCGUCUUCUCUGCAAUUCCAGCCUGGCACUUUUAAUCCUCUACAAUCGACGUCGGGAGUGUGAGGUGUCCAAGUUGUUGAUUGCUGAAUAUCGUGUCCGCAUCACUCCCCAGUGCCCCGUUCCUGUUCCACCUGGUGCUCCUCCAGCACUCACCCCUCUGGAGGCCUCUCUGUCCCCCUUUGAACGCCUUGUGCUUCCUCAUCUCGCCAGAGUUGGAGUCCAGGGUAAACGUGGACGUGUCCAGCCCCUCAUCCUCCCCCCUCACUGUGAGUCAUGCCUGGAGCUCCUGCUGCAGACACGGCAGGAUGUAGGAGUUGACCCCACAAAUCCAUACGUCUUUGCCAGGCCCUACCACUCUCCCGCCACACCACUGCGAGGCACUGACCUUCUGCGCAGUCUGGCUCGCUCGAGUGGUACCCGCAAUCCCCGUGCCCUGACCCAGACCAGGGUUCGCCGCCAGGUAGCGAUCCUAACGCAGCUGUUGCUUCUGGGAGAAGGAGAGGAGCCUGGGCAGCCAGGAGGCAGCGCUGUGGAGAGGCUGGAGCACUUCCUUGAGAGGGAGUAUCACGUGACACAGAACUGUGCUGGAAUUGGCCAAGACCCAGGCCUCAUGGGCCGAGUAGGUCGAGUCGUGCUUUGUGGAGAGAGAGAUGGAGUGCUCUUCAGAGGAAUGAGCCUAAACCACAUCUGCCUGGAGCUGGAUGUUAUGUCAGGAAACUCUGCUGACUCGUACUCAGAGGGAGAGUCUGAUGGAGAGCAAGUAAAGGAGAAGACAGAGUCUCCGACCCCUGCUUCUGCUCCUGAUCCUGUUUCUUCUCCUGCUCUGAACCCCACACCUACGCUGCUGUAUGUCAGGAAGGGCAAGAGCAAUGGGCGGGUGGGGCGACCAAAGAAGCUCAAGAACACCCAGCUAACCGCUCCGCCGCUUCUGCUCUCGUCUGAAGCAAACCGCAGGAGAGGCUCAGGUAAGCGAGGCGUUCUGAAGCGUCCCUGGUCGGAGGCAGAACGUGCAGCAGUCGAGGAGCACCUGACCCAGAACAUCACAGAGCUGCGGGUCCCAGCCAAGGCUGACUGUGAGCGCUGCCUCCAACAGUGCCCCCUGCUGGUCAGCAACCACCGCGACUGGCGUGCCAUCAAGUUCUACUGCCACAACCGCAUUCAGCUGUUGAAGAAAAACCAGCGGCGUUACAGCGAACCACAUCCACUUAUAGUCUGCUGAGAGGGGGGGAUGUGAGUCAGUGGGGGGGUGGGUUUGAGUGGUGUGGUGCAGCUGAACAGAACAGAUUCUCAAAUGGUACCUGCUGCCCAGGAAAUGCACUAAUUUUGAGAGGAAGGUCAUACAUUUCAUUCUAGUCUUCUGGUAGCAUUGUUUUUUUUUGACGUGAUGUCUAAUCUGACACCUGAUGGCCUGUUCAGUUUGAGCCACACAAGUAGAGACGUUUUUACUGACUUUUUUUUAGCUGCUCUACAUUAAAGGUCUUAAAAAAUGACACUAGAGUCUUUUUGGUGCUCCUGAUCUGAGGGUUACAACCCAAGUCUUGUCAAAAGCAGGUGCCGUUUGAGACACGCCUUGCAGGGACUUGUGACCGUGGCACUGACUGCGGCCUGUGUCGUGUUGUAUAUGAACGUCUAUUUUCCUCCUUUCAUGAAGGACACUAAACUGAAACGUAAACAUGGACGGUGACUGAGCCCUACAGUGUUGUUACAUGAACGUCGUGAGGUAGCAUUAGUGUUUCAUGCACUUGGAGACGUUGAUAAGACGAAUGGCCUGCGCCAAGGCCAAACUUUCCUUAAUCGUGGCUUUAUUAGAGUAGGCCUAACUAAUGCUGACUUAGAAGAAUAGUCCGAUCUUUCCCCAGACAAGCUACUUCUUCUUUACACACAGUUGACUGUGCAAUUCUGACAAUGGUUUCAUUAUAUUUGGACCUUCAUUUUCAUGUAAGGUACUAGGAGAUGAAUGAGUUAUGCCUUUUGCAGUUGUAAUGAAUUUUGUUCUUUUGUGUGUGUUUUUUUUCUUACUGAAAUAGAACACAAUCUUAUUAUUAUGACAAUUGUUCGAGUUGUGGGUUUUAUCACAAAGAAAAUUGUAUGGCAUCAGAAUGUUGUGACGUUGAAUACCUAAGAUGUUUAGUUGAACCACAAAUUUCAAGAAUCAUUCUAAAUGAACUGUCGUCUUUUUCCCCUCUCCCCUUAAACACACAUACACACAUGUCAACCGCUAUAAUUUCCCCUAGAGGACCAGUGUGUCCAUGUGUCCUAUUGUUUGUUGUGUUUGUGUCUGCUUGUUGCACAUUUGUUAUUCAGAGAAGUAAAAAAGGUGCUAUAGGCCAAUGAGCUGGAUACCACUUUAUAUUCUGAGAGGAUAUUUCCCAUGGUAGUGUUAAAAGUUUCUUAAAAAGUGGGCAUUUACCGGGGAGUGAUUGUCCUGCGUUGCCAGGUUUUGUAACGUUGACGUUUCCAAUGGCUAGAGCUCGUCCCCUACUUUCCCAGUCACACUACGUGGUUUGAAGCUCGACCAGAUAUUUGGUUUCUCUCCAGCGUUUCUGGAAAUCUACGUCCAUCGGACGAAGACCUCCGCGAGACCUCGAGAUGGAUACUUGAAGUUAUUUAAACCUUCUUACAUAAUCUUUAUGUUCGGUCCUGCUCUAGCUUUGCCAGUUACACUGUACAUAACAAAUAUAUUAUCAUACUGCUAACUGGUUGUUUGUGCCAGAUUACAUGUAGCUCUGAUCUUCAUCUCUCAGUUAUAGCUAUCUGUACAUAAGCCUGUCUGUAAAUACUCCUCAGAGAAACAAAGAAAAAACACAAUGUAUGACAUGCAUUGGUUAUUGUGUUAUGUUUUUUCUUUUUUUUAUAAGUCUUAUAAAAACUUAAAGCUCUA